UAGCUAGUCUUCACCCCCAUUGUAACAAGUGGUACCUCCCGAUGACUGCACGCGGAAGUCGCCCGGUGUUUGUAGCAUUUCCGCCUUCUGCUUCGAAGGGUACACAGAAAUGACGGCGACUCUGCGUCCGUACCUGAGUGCAGUGCGUGCUACACUGCAGGCAGCUCUCUGUCUGGAGAACUUCUCCUCACAGGUGGUCGAACGACACAACAAACCUGAGGUAGAAGUCCGGAGCAGUAAGGAGUUGUUACUUCAGCCUGUUGUGAUCAGUAGGAACGAUAAAGAGAAGGUUCUAAUAGAAGGUUCCAUCAACUCUGUGCGAGUCAGCAUUGCUGUGAAACAGGCUGAUGAGAUUGAAAAGAUCCUGUGCCAUAAGUUCAUGCGCUUUAUGAUGAUGAGAGCUGAGAACUUCUUUAUUCUGCGGCGAAAAGCUGUGGAGGGAUAUGACAUAAGUUUCCUCAUUACUAACUUCCACACAGAACAGAUGUACAAGCAUAAGUUAGUGGAUUUUGUCAUCCAUUUUAUGGAGGAGAUUGAUAAGGAAAUCAGUGAAAUGAAGCUGUCAGUCAAUGCAAGAGCCCGCAUAGUUGCAGAGGAGUUCCUCAAAAAUUUUUAGGAAAUGAACAGCACACCCUCUGCUGGAUGCAAUACCCCUGUUACUUUGGUCAUCAGAAAAGUGGAUGGAGUUUUGGGUUCAGUAAUGAGUUAAAGUGUAAUUGACGAUGAACCUGGAGCACCACUAAAAGGGGCAACAAUUGGAUCCAGAGGAUGUGCCCUCUGUCACAGGAAUGAAUUCUGAGUAUUGCAGUAUUGUAACUCAAGAGCAGAGUUAUGGGUUUCAAAGACAGGCAUGGUACUCCUUUUGAUGUUCUGCUCUAAACUGUAUUACUUUUUUGUUUUGAUUUUGUUUUUUUUCCCCUGUCUCUCUGCUUUUUUUAAACAAUUGUUAAUGCCCUUUUGCUAAUGACCUAAUUUUCUUUUUAAAGUAUUUUGUUCCACUGCACUCUAAAAUUCUGUCCCUCUUGUUAUCUUAUAUCCCUCAUUAUUAUUUAGUGAUAGUAAAGUGCUCACAACGUUGCAAUAUUCUGAAUAGGCCUCAGCUUUCCCUUGUGCUCAUGGAUAUUGAUAAAUAUGUAAAUAUUAAAAAUACUUGGACUCAUUUUACCUCUGCCUUUCUAACAAUUCUUAAAAUCAUGGUGGGUCAGUCAGUGGUCAUGAGCACAAAGGAAAAAUGUUGAACCAAUAAUUUAAACAGUUUGUUUUGUCAGUGUUUUUUUUUUUUUUUAUAAAUAUGUAUACUGUAUUCAAAUGACCAUUUUCAUGUUGAGAUUUGAUAUAAAUAAACCCUCAUGCUGGUGCACACAUAUCUUACAAACCAUAUCAGCGAUUGCAAAAUAAUGAUGAAAAUGACAAUAGCGAUGCUAAAUGAAUCCCUUUAUUGCUUGUAAUUUGUUGUGUACUGUGGAAAUGACAGCUCUUGGUUCGAAUCAUGGCCUGGGGCAUUGCUCACCCUGGUGCAAACAUUAUUGGAAAAUUCAAAAAAAUAGAAUUUGUAGUAAAUUCAGUUGCUGGCACAUAUUUGUACAGCCUGAGAAGACCAAUGUUUAGUUUAUAAGGUAAGGCAAUUUUCCAUAUUUACCAUUGUAUUGCUUUUUUGAAAGUUCAGAGGUGAGACUAUGUUCUAAUUCAUAUGUUUGGCCUCUAAUUCAAGUGAUGCAAAUAGUGUUGUUCUACAUGUCAGCGAGGUUAACUGAUGUAAGGAAAUAUAUAAAGGUUUUAUUUUUUCCAUCCUUCAUUAGUUUAGGAGAAAAGCCUUUUAUUGUGAUUACAGCAACAAAGAAAAUGUGUCCCAUCAUAUGUGUUAAUGUCAUAUUUCAAGAUGUAAGAAAUAGAUAAAAGAAAAAUUACAUGGAAAAGUGACUAAUAAAUAAAGGCAAAAGAGAAAAGUAAUAGCAUCACAUACCAUGGGAUAGGAAAAUAAGCAAUGGGAUAUCUAUAAUAUAUAUUAUAUCAUUAGAUGCAGAGGUAAAGAGCAGAGUUGGUUAUUUGAAGCCUUCCACAUGGUUAUAAUUUUUUGAAACCCUUUCGCUAAUUUACAAAUGUAGAAUUUACUAAUUAUAUACAGUAAAUGUUCCAAAUUUACAUUGAUCAAUUGGUCCUUUAAAUAUGUUUAUGUACAGUGUCACUGUAAAAAAAAUUAAUCUGUAAAGUUUACAGUAAAUUACCGGCAGCUGUGGUUGCCAAACGUUUACUGUACAAAAUGCAGUGAUCAUAUUUAAGGCUUU